UGCGACAUGACUUCAAAGAAUGGUGUUGGUGUGACAGAGAUCUGACAUGACAGUGAAUCAAGAACACUUGUGAAAGGAUAUGAAGAUCCAGGCUCUUACAAACGAACGAUCGAAUAUGACAUUUCGAUGGAAAAAAUUGUUGCCAUCAUCAACGAGUCCAGGAAUUGUGAGCAGUUUAUUAAAUAUGAAUGUUACGGUAGCAGCGUUCUUAGGUUCAACGAUGCAGGUGAAUCUUAUGGUUGGUGGGUAUCACGUCAAGGUUCAAAGAUGAAUUACUGGGGGGGAGCGGCAGUCAACAGUGGAAAGUGUUCAUGUGGAAUGACCAACAGCUGUGCAGGUGGAGAAAAGUGCAAUUGCAACAAGAAUGAUCUGGUAUGGCGUGAAGACAAUGGAUACCUGACAGACAAGAACACGCUCCCUGUUACUGAGUUGAGAUUUGGUGAUACUGGCAUAUAUUCCGGUAAAGAGGAGAGUGGUUAUUAUACAUUGGGUAAAUUACGUUGCUGGGGAUAG